ACCACCGUCGCCCAUUGCAGCGAUGAGCGAACCAAUAUAUCCGGAAUCACAUUGCCGCGCCGACCACCGCGAGGAGUGUGCGUCGCUUGUUACGCUGUCAUUCAUCGUUUUCGAAAACGCGCUAUAACGAACGAAACGUAUCGUCGUAUCACAGUGUACGGAGGUGUCGCACGCAACUGCGUGCUCCCACUGCCUAACCUCACGCUUUCUAUUUCGCUGUCUGUUCCUUGGUGAGUGAUACGUACUUAUCCGCAGAGUGUAGUGAUCGUGAUCGUGUAUUCGUGAGAAGCGAGUGUUCUCAACAGCGGGAUUCUAACCUAUUGCGGAUACACGAAUUUUCAAGUGUCUCUCUUUAAUCGUGUUCCUCAUGACUCGAUCGUUCCAUUAGCCAGCGCGCACGUACAGAGCCGCGCGCUUCACAUACUAUAUGCUGGAUUUCGCGCCGAGAAACGAUAACCUCGACUUGUCUUUGAACGUUCCGCAGCAUCACCAAACAUCAUACCAUCACGACAGCUACAAUAUGUCGGACCAGAUAAUGCAAGGUAGCGGUAUGCAACAAUCGCCGGAUGGUCUGAGUCUGGACGCUGGUGGAUUUCAGCAACAGCUCUAUCUACAGCAAGAGCAUUCGAUGCAACCGAUCAAUGUCAGUUCGGCAUAUGGCAACUCUCAAGGUUCGUACGCGACGAUGAGUUCUCCGCGCCAGCAACAACACAGCGGUCAGCAAUUGUUGAUGUUGCAACAACAACAGCAGCAGCAACAGGCACAAAUGCAACAUAUGCAGUAUAUACAUUCCCAGCAACAGCAGCAACAACAACAACAACAACAACAACAACAACAACAACAACAACUGCAGCAGCAGCAACAACAACAACAGCAAAUACAAUACAGAAGUCCUACCGGAGGCAGUCCGACUACUAUGCAAGCUAACAAUAUUCCAGAGACGAAUAACAAUACUACGACCAGCGAAGAUAGCGAUGAUAGCACUCCGCAUUCUGGGAUGAUUGCUAUGGUCAAACGUGAGCCACCGUCGCCAGAAGCUGACGUUGGAGCGAAGAAUCAAAGAAAAACGAAACCACAAAAGAAAAAGAAGAAGAGAGAUCCUAACGAGCCACAGAAACCUGUGUCAGCAUACGCCCUUUUCUUCAGAGACACUCAGGCAGUAAUUAAGGGAAAACAUCCAAAUGCCAGCUUCGGCGAAGUAUCUAAAAUCGUUGCGUCAAUGUGGGAUGCAUUAGACAUUGAACAUAAAAAUUAUUACAAAAAGAAAACCGAGGCAGCUAAGAAGGAAUAUUUGAAGGCUCUCGCGGCAUAUAGAGCAUCUUUAGUAAGCAAAGGUGCGAGUGAAAAUGAACAAAAACAACAAACACAACAGCCACAACAACAAAUGCAAUACAGCGGAUACGCAGGCUAUGCCAACAAUACUGCGCCAGGAAAUGUUACAUAUCAAGUCUAUAGCCCUCAGCAUCAACCUUCGUCGCCUCAACAGCAACAUCAGCAACAACAGCAACAGCAGCAGCAACAAAUGGCUGUUAAUAAAAAGUCACCCCAUCAUUUAGCUAUGCAAGGAAAUCCUCAACAACAAGUACCUCAACAACAGCAAGUACAGCAGGUACAAGUGCAGCAACAACAACAGCAACAAAUAAUACAUACAAGUCCACCUAGAGCAGAAUUUUUAAAAUCUGAAGAUUUAUCGAUAAAGUCGGAAACUUUAUCUAGUUCUUCGUCGCCAGUAAAUCCUUCACAAGUGACUAUGACAGGACAAGGGCCACCACCUUGUAUACAUCAGGGAUGUCCCAAUCCUGCUAUAUCCAAUAACGAAUGGGAAGAUGAAUAUUGCAGCAACGAGUGUGUGGUCAGCCAUUGCAGAGAUGUAUUCAACACGUGGGUGUCUUCAAAUCAAAAUCCUCAACAAAACUAUUCUACAGUUAAAUAAGUGUUCUAUAAGAAAUGAACUACAGCAACUACUCAAUGGCCUCACAGCUUAAUGGCCCGUUGUUAAUCUGUAAAGUAAAAUAUUUAAAUGGAUGUAUAUAUACAUAAGCUGGUGGAUGACAACUUUUUCAAGAUUAUUCAUGCAGCAACAGAGAUACACAGCAUUAGAAAAGUUGGACGGAUAGUUAUAUUAAUGGUAAUAGCAUACAGAUAUGUUCUGUAUGUAUAUGCGUGUCAACGAGAGAACAAGAAGACAAGAGAAAGGAGAAAGAAAGAUAAUGAUGAAAUAAAGAUAAAAUUGUUUCUUUUUAGAAAAAGAACUUAGAAUAUAUAUUGAAAAGCCUUAUCCAAAAACUUAUUACUCUGGCCAAAGGUCUUUGUUUGUAAGGAGUGUAUUACGACUUGAGUAAUUUAAAUAAGUGUAUUUAUUUACACUUAUAUGAGAAGUUAAAUAACAGCCAACUUUUUUAUAUUUUCUGAUAUUCCUUACUGUUAAGCAAAGUGUGCCAAUUGUACAGGCAUAUUUGUUUCUUUUUUUUCUUUUUUUUAAAUAUAGAUAGUAUUUGCAGUUUUUAAAGUUCACCCCGAACAAAGACUAGUUUUCUUAAUUGAAUUAUCUCAACUAUGUUUCCUCAACUUUAUACUUGUUAUUUUGAUAUAUCUAGUAAUAAAUAACACAGUACAAGCAGAUGAAAGCAGUGUAAAAUGUAUUAUAAGUGUACUACGUUCAAUGUGUGUUUCGUUCAUACUGUGAAAACAAUGACUAGAUAAAAAGAGGACUUAUAUAGCAAAUUAUUACAUGCCAUGGUCGUUAAUUAUCAUGUUUUAUUUUAAGAUGUAAGAUUUAAGAAUAAAAAUUAUAUCUAUUAUA